AUGGGAACCUACUUCUCACAGCCUUCAGGCCAUUCAACUUCUAAUGUUGAUAAGCGGGUUACCCGGUCAGAAUUCAAUUAUGACCAAGAGAGGGAAAUUCAAGGGACAACAAGGGUCAAAUCCACCACGAGAACUCCAGUGCAGAGGGUGAAAGACUACCUAAGAGAAAUAACAAUGCUGAGCUCAAUACUAGACUCUUGCCUAUCUUCGCCAAUCACUCCCAGAAUACCAUCUUCACUGCGUCGCAGUUCAGGUUUAGCUGCUAUUGCUGAUCAAGCUAAGCUCAAUGGCUGGUACAUUGAGCCACAUGAGAUUGAGUUUAAAGAACAAGUAGGCCAAGGUAGUACAGCUGUAAUAUACAGGGGAUUAUGGAAAGCAAACGUUGUCGCAGUAAAAUGCAUACAUCCAGAAUUUUUCUACUCAAACGACAACCGUGUAGCAUUCUUUGUCCAAGAAAUCGAUACAUUAUCACGUCAAGACCACCCUUACGUGCUACGUAUCAUGGGGGCUUGUUUAGACCCACCAGAGUUUGGAUGGAUGGUAACAGAAUUUGUGAGCAUGACAUUGAAGCAAUGGUUGCAUGGACCUGAGGAUGAAAGGCGGAGAGAGAGAUUGGUUCCUCUUCCUUCGCUUCAAGAUCGAGUAGCAAAGGCUCUGGAGAUUUCUGAAGCUAUGGAAUACCUUCAUGGUCAGAAUCCUAAGUUAGUUCAUAGAGAUCUGAAGCCAAGUAACAUCUUCCUCGAUCAUGAAAUGCACGUACGAGUUGCAGAUUUUGGGCAUGCUAGAUUCUUGGAGGAGGGUGACCAGGCGCUGAGCGGGGAAACAGGGACAUAUGUUUACAUGGCACCAGAAGUAAUAAGGCUUGAGUCUUAUGACGAGAAGUGUGAUGUGUACAGUUAUGGUGUUAUCCUUAAUGAACUUAUCACAGGCGAGCAUCCCUACAUAGAAACUGAUUUUGGCCCUUCCAAGAUAGCAGUAGAAGUUGGAAACUGUAGGCUUAGGCCAAAGCUACCUGCAGCUGAUGAUGGCCAACUAGAAGAGCUCAUUGAUCUCAUUUCCCGUUCAUGGGCGGAAGACACCAAGAUUAGACCGUCAUUCUCUUCCAUUACAUGUAGCCUGAGAAAGAUCCAAGGAAUGUUAAUCACAGGUGCUUAG